AUGGUACUUGAAAACCAGAUUUCGUUCUACAUCUUGGAUAAGUUAUAUACAACUGUCGUACCUGAGACCUAUCAGGUAUAUGAAAGAUUUAUUGGUCUGGCCUCCGAGUACUUCAAGAGUUUUGAUCCAUAUGCAAGGUUCGAUCCUGUUGAAACCCUACUGAAGCCAGAUAAGGAUUCCAAGAUCUCGUCAAAAAGUGGUAAUAAUCGUUCAGCUAAUGGCCCCCAAAAGAGGUAUUCCGCAAGAUUGCAGGAGUACGGGAUCAAUAAUGCGAAACGUUUCACUGAUUUGAUCAGGUCCUUCUAUGUGAAUGAUUUGGAACUCAAGCUCAUGCCUUCUACAAAUGCAAGGAGCGCGGCGAAGUUGCGAGAAGCAGGAAUAAACCCUAUGUUUGCAAUUAUAUAUGCGUCGCUCCUUGAUUCUCUCAUACACACCAGAGAUGAUGUGGAAUUGCUGGUUGAGAAGGAAGUCAUUGUCCAUGAACUUGGGAGCAACAAAGCAGUGGCCGUCCUAGUUAAUGGUCUGUACAAGAAUGUCAUGACCAAUGGGACCUGUUAUAAGGGUCUUAUGGAUGACCUGAACAAGCACUACGAAAGCCCCUGGAAUCAUACAAUGGCUGCUCUCAAUUUGGUGUACUUUCGAGACACUUGGAGAACAAGUUCAACUGUGAUAGGAAUCGCUAUCCUUGUAUAUCCGAUGCUCAACUUGUACAAACUUCUUCGUGGCUUCUUUUCUUAG